AUGGCAUCCAUAAUGCGAUCUUCUGUGCUGCGGCAGACGGCGCUGGUGGCGAAGCCUGCGUUCCGAAACAAUGCCGUCAAGGCUGCGGCUUUCCACACUUCUACCCAGCGCUCGGCGAUUCUGCCUCCAGGACCUCAGCGAAUUGAGGGAACAGUCAACGAUCCCGCUCCCAUCCCCAAACCCAGCGCCGUCGACGGCUCAUACCACUGGACCUUUGAGCGCCUCCUCGCCGCCGGCCUCGUGCCUCUCUCCAUUGCGCCCUUUGCCGCCGGCUCUCUCAACCCCACUACCGACGCCAUCCUGUGCUCCGCCGUCCUCCUGCACUCCCACAUCGGCUUCCAGUCCGUCCUCAUCGACUACAUUCCCAACCGAACCUACCCCGGCCUGCGAAAGUUCUUCUGGUGGGGCCUGAACCUGGCGACUGUCACUGUUGGCGUUGGCUUGUACGAGUUUGAGACCAAUGACGUUGGCGUCACUGAGGCUAUCAAGAGAAUCUGGAAGGCAUAA